UAUCCCUCUUAUCUGAUGUUAUACGUGUUAUUCAAUAUUUACCUGUCCAUAAUAAUGAUGGCACACGGUUGUGGGGUCUGCAAACAGGAAAUGUUGAGUCAAUACUAUAUCAUGGCGUGAUGUAAGAACUCAAAGGUCACUGGCAAAGGCUGGCAGUGCCAGUAUACUUGAGUGAUAGGGGCCUAUCAGCAGGUACAAACACUGCGACAAUGUUUAAUCUGAGGAGUACUGGGCCCUAGAUGUUUCCAACCACCCAUGAACCAUAUUUACCCACUCACACACACGAGUGUGCAGAUACAGAUGCUCCGAUCUUCCUGUGGACAGUCAGAGUAAUGCAUGAACGCGAUUCCUAGAGCAACGGUUUGCUUACAGUGAAAGAGAUAACCAAGCGGUCACGCUCUGGUCAGUUGGCGAUCUGAGGAACAGCGCUGAUCAGAAUGGAGAAGGAGCGAAAAUGUGUGAAACAGUACGGGUCUGUGGAGAGAGCGGAGCCAGCUAAGGACGCAGCCAGAACAGAUGAGGAGGACAUUGUUUCCAUGGCCGACUCGACCAUCACUGUGGACGACAUUGAAGGGGAGCUGUUCAAAAUUGAGAGGAUACGGGAUGUGCUGGUGCGGAGAGAGUCUGAGCUGAGAUACAUGAUGGAUGAUAUUCAACUAUGUAAAGAGAUCACCAGGCUUAAAAAAGAACUCCAGAAACUGGUCUCGAUCCCAGAUAAGGACAAGUCCAAUGAGGACAGGCAGAGAGAGGAGGAGCUACUGCAGCAGAUCCAUAAGCUAGUGGAAACUCGGGACUUUCUGGUGGACGAUGUGGAGUUCGAGAGGCUGAGAGAGAAAGAAGAGGACAAAGAGAUGGCGGAGUUCUUACGGGCAAAAUUUCCUGCAAGCUCCACCAAGAAAACUUCCUAUCAGGACAGAAGGAUGACCUCCAGGGCUCAGCAGACCUCCUCUCCAUUUGUGACCAAGACUGGCCUCACCCUGCUUAAAGAAUGCUGUGGUUUUACCUGUUCUAUCAUGUAAACACAGAGAAAAAAGAGAAAGAGAGAGUGAGACUAAUGGGGAGAGAAACUGAGAGAGGGAUAAGUGCAAAAGAAGAAUUACAGUGAGUGAAAUUGUGAACCAACAGACCUAUAACAGAAGUACAGAGGCAGAAAAUAGUCUGGGUCUAUGAUGAAGUUCAGACAGGCAGCCAAGAGGCCUUUUACAUGAUAAUAUCUUUCUAUUUUAAGGACAUAAGACUACUCUUUGAACUCAUUAUUGAUGUGCAGAUUGCAACAAUGAGAUAAACAUUAUGCAAAUUGGUGCUCGUUAAGUCACUGUAAUUAGGCAGUAGUAUGUGUCUGUGUUUCUCCUAUUAAUAAGUGUUAGAAGCCAAAGUUAAGCAAUCCCAAGAGCAGUUCCUCUAAAACCCUCCACUAAGCAGUUGCUUAAACUUUUAGCAGUAUUUUUCCACUGUUGUCUGAGUAAAAAUUUGGAAAAAUGCAAAUUAAAAAUACUAUUGGCGUUACUAUAUUUUUUGUUUGCCAGUGCUAAGCCAACUCUGAUAUCCUAACAAUGUUCUGAGAUCCAGUAACAGUAACUGCCAUCAUUGAAUAUAGUCCCAUUUCAACCCUGCUGGAACUAUGAAUAUGUCUUGAGCCUGACACUUACCAGCCAGAGUGAAUAAGAAAGAGAGAGUGGUGGAACAGAAGGAGGAGGAGGAAGAAGAAAGAGAUUACUUUAGAAGCCCACCAUGUACAAUUAAAAGGAACAUAUGCACUGGUUAGUUAAAAAGGAAUUUAAUGUCAUAUUUAUGUCAUGCUUUCUCUGUUCCUGUGCUUUCCUAUGUGAUGGUGUAAAGUCCAACCAGAAUACAGCUUGCUUGAAUGUUAAUGACGUUCUCCUGAUUUGAAUGCAGAGAACAGACAUGCUAAAGAACUGAUUUAGAUUUUGAUUUCCACCCACAUGUGCAUUCUUUCACAGCAACUGUGGGAAGGCUGAAAAAACUUUACAGAACCUUGACAAAAUAGCAUUUAACCUAUUGAGAAACUGUAGGGGACUCAUAAAAAAAGAUGGUUCUUCA